AGCGGAUGUUGUUGACGUCUUCAUCGCAAUCGCAUCCGGUUUGUUGAAUACAGGCUAGCUCGCCGAAACAACAGUUUACGGCCAAAUUAUCCACUUUAUAACAAAAAAGACAGAAAAGAUAGCUCGGUCGGGUCCGGUACUCAACAAUGGACGCGAAUUUUGUCGAUUAUUCUGGUAUAAUUGAUACCAUUAUUGUCUGUUGUUGUUAACAGCUCGGCUAGUUAGCAUAGCAAGCUAACUGGCUAAUCAGCUAAACCCUGAGCGUUGGGCUGCUGGUCUGACGAAGAGAAGGAGAGCUGUCAAAUAAUUAACUUAGUCAUAUCUAAAAGGUGUUUACAGUUGACACUGCAGAGUGAUAACAGGAGCUGGUAUGAACAGGAGUUUCUCAUGGCUGUUGGUAUGACUUCUGGUUUCAUUUGCUGUAGAUUGAGUGGAGUAAAGUAAGAGAUUAUAAACACAAAUAACAGGAUUGUUCAUUCAUUGUUGUUUUGCUUCACAGUUAGUCUCAGAUGUAACAAUGUGUCGUGACAACAGAUACUAGGCUAGAGUGUCCUUGAUCGCUGUUGGGUACAUCUAGAACAUAAUAUAAUUGUAAUUUGUAUCAUUAGAUAGCAGGGUUAAUUUGAUUUAUCCAGUUUGCUUCAGGGCAGAUUUAGUUACAUGUGACUUUAGUCUUUUUGUGUCAACGUGUCACACCUGUGCAAUAUAUCCGGCUGAUAGUUUUGAAUAAUAAGCAGCUGCUUGUGUCUGACUGUCUGACGAAGGAGAGCUGUCAAGAGGAGGAAAUAAUUAACUUAUAUCUAAAAGGUGUUUACAGCUGAGUGAUACCACCAGAGUGAUAACAGGAGCUGGUAUGAGCAGGAGCUUCACAUGGCUGUCGGUAUGACUUCUGGUUUAAUUUGCUGUAGAUUGUGUGGAGUUGGUAAACGGUUUGUGGAUUGUAAACACAAAUAAGACAAGGAUUGUUAAUUCAUCAUUGUUUUGCUUCUGUUUUACAAUUAAUCUUACAUAUAACAAUGUGUUGUGACAACCAAAAAGGCUAUACGUGUCCUUGAUCGCUGUUGGGUACAUCUAGAAAAUAUUAUAAUUGUAAUUUUCAUCAUUUGAUUGCAGGAUUAAUUUGAUUUAGCCGGUUUUCUUCAGGGCAGAUUUAGUUAUAACUUGUCUAUGUCAACGUGUCACACAUGUGCAAUAUAUCCGGCUGAUAGUUUGGAAAAAUAAACAGCUGUGACUCACAGGACUUGGAGGAGCACUUUUGCACUACAACUAAUACCUGGUACAUCUUUAUUAGUUACCUCAAUAUUUACUUGAAAUAACAACAUUCCUACAAAGUAUUUAAUUGCAGUUAAAUGCACAUGUUAUAGCGCACAUUGUACAUAUUGUACUUAUAGUCCUGUUUUUGGUGUUUGCUGAGAAACACAGAUGGAGUGUCAGUGGCCAAGAUUCAGCAACAAACUGGCAUGAUUUCAUGAUGCUUUCUCUACCUGUUGAUGAUUAAUUGGUACAUCUUAGGCCAAGCCAAGAAGUGCUUUAACAUGAUCUCAGAGGUAUAACAUUAAUAGGAGGGUGUAGGUUUGUGUUAGUUUGAGCUGUUUGGUUGGUGCAGUGGUAAUGACUAGGUAUUUGCUCUGGGACUGACGAGCCAAGCUGUAGUUUUUAUAUAUAUUGCUCCGAUCUUGCCCACUACCAAAAUGCCAGCUGUACUGUUCUUAUCGAUGCUGCUCGGAGCAUUCUCCAGCCUCGGACAGACCAUGUUACGAGAGGAGAAGCAGAGGUUGAGGAACCAAGUGGUUGAGAUGUUUGACCAUGCAUAUCAGAAUUAUAUGGACCAUGCGUACCCAGCAGAUGAGCUGAUGCCACUAACAUGUAGAGGAAGAGUACGUGGGCUCGAACCCAGCCGAGGUGACGUAGACGACGCUCUGGGAAAGUUCUCUCUGACCCUCAUAGACACUCUGGACACCCUGGUGCUUUUGAACAAGACGACAGAGUUUGAGGCUGCGGUGAGAAGAGUGCUGUCAGAUGUGAGACUGGACAACGACAUUGUGGUGUCGGUGUUCGAAACCAACAUACGGGUCCUUGGAGGUCUGUUGGGAGGGCACUCCAUGGCUGUGAUGCUGAAGGAGGGAGGUCAACACAUGCAGUGGUACCAGGAUGAGCUCCUGCAUAUGGCCAAAGAACUGGGCUUCCGACUGCUGCCAGCCUUCAACACCAGCAGUGGCCUGCCUUAUCCCAGGGUGAACCUGAAGUAUGGUGUCAGGGGUCCUGAGACGAGAACGGGCACAGAAACAGACACCUGCACCGCGUGUGCAGGAACCAUCAUCCUGGAGUUUGCUGCCUUAAGUCGCUUCACCGGGGAACCUGUGUUUGAGGCCCAUGCCCGGAGAGCUCUGGACUUUCUGUGGGAGAAGAGACAGAGAAACAGCAAUCUGGUGGGAACCACCAUCAACAUCCACUCUGGAGAGUGGGUCCGCAGGGACAGCGGAGUAGGAGCGGGAAUUGACUCAUACUAUGAAUACCUGCUAAAGGCUUACAUCCUCUUGGGAGAUGACCUGUUUCUGGAGCGGUUUAAUAUUCACUAUGCAUCUAUAAUGAAGUACAUUAGCCAGCCUCCGCUGCUGCUGGACGUCCACAUCCACAAACCUCUGCUUCCCGCUCGCACCUGGAUGGACUCGCUGCUGGCCUUCUUCCCUGGACUGCAGGUGUUGAAGGGAGAUAUCCGUCCUGCCAUCGAGACUCACGAGAUGUUGUAUCAAGUUACAAAGAAACACAACUUCCUCCCCGAGGCCUUCACUACUGAUUUCAGGGUACACUGGGCCCAACAUCCCCUGAGGCCUGAGUUUGCAGAGAGCACCUAUUUCCUUUACAAGGCCACAGGAGACCCUUAUUACCUGGAGGCAGGUCGCACCAUCCUGGACAACCUCAACCGCUUUGCUCGCGUUCCCUGCGGCUUCGCUGCAAUGAAGGACGUACGUACCGGGAGCCACGAGGACAGAAUGGACUCGUUCUUCCUUGCUGAGAUGUUCAAAUACCUGUUCCUGCUGUUUGCUGAUGCGGAGGACUUACCGUUCGACGUGGAGGACUACGUCUUCACAACUGAGGCCCACCUGCUGCCCCUGUCCCUCUCCACAGCGUCUCACUCUUCAUCUAUUCGUUCAAACAGAACGCUUCAGUCGGAGGAGGAGCUGGACGACUCCAACUACGAUUGGACCUGCCCCAACACUCGCCUGCUGUUUCCUGACCCCGCCUUCCCUCGUAACCUGAGAGAACCGAUCCGUAGUGCUGUGGACAAGAGCUGCCCCCGCCCUGCUCCUUACCGGGAGCCCGGUAUGGGCCGUCCUCCCCUGAGUGCUCAGGACUUCAUGGCAAACAACCCUGAACAUCUGGAGCUGCUGAGGAGAAUGGGAGUCAGUCUCAUCCACCUGAAAGAUGGCAGGGUGCAGCUGGUCCAGCAUGAGACACAGGCGGUGAGUGCGGUGGCAGCAGAGGACGGCAUGCGCUUCAUGCAGGAGAUGAUGGAGCUGUCCAGCCAGCAGCAGAAGGAGCAGCUGCCUCCCAGAGCCAUUCAGAUCGUCUCUCAUCCAUUCUUUGGCAGGGUUGUGCUGACCGCCGGCCCAGCACAAUUUGGCAUAGACCUGUCCAAAAGUUCCACAGGGGUACGAGGCUUCGUGACUGUGGCUGAGCCUUACAGCGGCUGUACGGAGAUCACCAAUGCUGAGUACGUCCAGGGCAACAUCGCUCUGCUCCAGAGGGGUCAGUGUAUGUUUGCAGAGAAGGCCCGACACAUCCAGAAGGCUGGCGCCAUCGGAGGCAUCGUCAUCGAUGACAACGAUGGCAGCAGCAGCGACACCGCUCCCCUGUUUCAGAUGGCCGGGGACGGCCGCAGCACCGAUGACGUCACCAUGCCGCUCCUCUUCCUCUUCCACAAGGAGGGCAACAUCCUGUUGGAGGCGCUGAAGGAGUACCGGGAGGUGGAGGUGCUGCUGAGCGACAAAGCCAGAGACAGAGCAACCAUAUUCAAAGGUAAACCUCUUCCUGGCAGCCUAAUUGAGAGCAGUGUGGACGUGCAGGAAGCGGAGGAAGACUGCUUAACGGACGCAACAACUCCCACCUCAUUUGAACCCAUCACACAAUCGCAAAUUAGCAUGUUGGAGCUGGACGAGUUGGCUCCCGAGGAGGUCACCGCAUCACAGGAGGAAGUCAGUCCUGUAGAUCAAGACACUAGUCCUGCAGCGGAAGUUAGUCCGCCAGAAGAGGAAGCUAGUCCCGCAGAGGACGUUCGACCACCAGAAGAGGAAGCCAAAGAAGCAGAGGCUGAUUCCUCCAAAGAGGAGAGAGACUCUGAGAAGAGAGAGGAGCCUGAAGGCGACACAGACUCAAGCAGCCAGUCGGUGGACGAACUGCUGGCUGAUUGGCGGGAAGACUUGGAGGCGUUCCAGCAGAUGGAGAAGGAUGAGCUCUGACAGUCGUCGGGCGCGUCGUGCCCUGUGACUGCGGUUUGAGCCCACUGCGGGGGGAGAAACCUGGAGGGGAACGCAUCUUCACAAGUCACCAGUAUCAAUGUGGUGAACUCAAAGGGGAGCUGGGGAGUUCAUGACUGUUAGUUCUUGUGCUCUCUGUGGAUGAUAUAACGUGCCAAGGCAGUCCAAAUCCUGGACCGUAAGGGGAGUCCUUUAUGGUCGUUUAUGGAUGAGAGACCAGGGUUCUUACCUCACUUUCUCAUACAGUUGCAUAACAAACCCCCUAAUGAAUGACAAGGACUAGACUGUAUGUAACAGUGUCUCGCUUUCCACUCCAAAAUACUUCUCACACUGUUGUUCUCUCUCUCUAUGCAUUUCUGACUCAGUUUUGCUCAAAUGAAUGCUGGUCCAACAACUACUAAUUAAUCCAUCGACCAAUUAAUUUUAUUUUAAAUGUGAUGAUUAUUUGUGAUGAUACUAUCUUCGUGGUCUUGGGCCUUAUCAUAAAUGUACACAUUGAUGUGGACUUAAUUCAUGUGGGGAUAUUGAAUAAGCUGCAGGAUGUUUUUAAUGGCGUAAUGGUAGACACACUAAACACCAAACUUGAUCUCUCUCUCUAGAGAAUAUAUGAAGUCAUCUGUCAAUGUAAAUAUGUAUUUGUCAAAGAUGUAUUGACUGAAACACUACAGCGCUGCUUUGCUCAGGUUUCUGGUUCAUCCCUACAAACGACAACCUCUGGACCACAUCAGGUGGAGCAGACACACCCUCAGCAGCGUGCUGGGAUGGGUUACACGCCUAUAAGCCGCCACAGGAGGGCGCUAUGAGAUCUGUCUGUCAUGUUAUAGCUGCUGACUGAUUGGAGGGAGCAGAGAUAAGCCAAUAAGUUAACAUGGAAUUAAAUAAAAAUUAAGAGGGAAACAGGGAAGACUGGCU